UUGUUUAUCUUAUUCUGAUUAUAAUAAUGUUCAAAUUCUUUCUGAUUUAGAAAGUUUUAAUAAGCCAAAAAACUAUGUGAUAGUUGAAAUAAGAAGCUUUACUAAGGCAGAAGAUAUUAUUGAAAUUAAUGUUAAGCCAAAGAAUUUAGUUGAAAUAAAAAGUUUUGUUGAUAUAAGAGAUUUUGAAGAAGAAGGUGUUUUUGGAAAAAAAAGUGUGAUUGAGAUAGAAGGUCUUGAAAGCUUUGUUGGCUAG